UGUUCUCUCUUUGUGACCUCCAUAUAACCUUUCGUGCUCGAUGUGAACAAAUUUGAGUUUUCAACGGUAUUACUUGUGUGCUCAUAUAAACCUUCGGAAAUUGAUCUUUUUGAAGAUCAUUCGUUUUAUUUUUUUGUAUUGUGAAAUUCGUAUCACAUCACGAUGACAGAUCAACUUAUUAAGCAUUUAUCUACGCGCAAAGAAAUCGCUCCGGUGUACAUGGAGUACAAACAAGGUAUCGGCGAGCAUGGGCUCAAAUUUAUGUCAAUUCUUGACUUUUUAACAGAAAAGAAAGGAUUGUACAAAGAAAUGAGCAAAUAUCCCAAGCUAAAGAUGCAGUUGAUGAAGCUCCAUUCAUACGAGACAUUCCAGUACUAUAACAUCAAUCUAACUAAAGAAACCAAAGCUAUAAUUGGUGACAAAGUGUUGAAGUGCAAGUGGUGCGAUUUGGUGGGACCGUAUAAACUCAUUUUUGAGCAUAUGGUCGUUUCGCACAAUUCACACAUUAGUGUGAAAGACUGCGCGUACUGCCAAAAGGACCGCACAGUUCAUAAAGAUCGAUCGAUGCCGUGCUAUGAGCAAUAUUUACAACGAAAUGAAAUUGAUUUGUCGGAAUUGAAGGAUAUUAUUGACAUCAUUGAAGAAUUUUUUAUGAUUUUAGAACAAUUCGCUGAACACUUCAAAGUCCGUAUAAAUCGACAAGAAACAUAUGCAGGAGAAAAGCGAAUGAAAAAAAAUGCCAUUGCCUUUGAAUUUGGUUUAAUGGCUGAUGCUUAUAAGCCAAAAACGAGCAAAAAAACAUUUUGUGAUGAUGAACUCGACAAAUUAUUUUCGAUCGCAAUGACUCAGUUUUAUGGCGGAAAUGGUUUACCACGCAAUCAAAUAUGCGAGAAACUAGAGAUCAUCGAAGAAUAUGAUCGGAAUUAUCCUAUUGAAAAGGCCGUCGAAGAGAAUUAUGGAAUCACUCUCAAACGACGACGAGCACUUCCAUCAAUGGUGAGUGAUGUUGAUAGCGAGGAAAACGAAUAUCACGAACGUAGAAGUUUGGUUGCUGCAACAAGUGGACACAACAACGAUGACAUCCAUAACGAGCAGAACGAAAAUGACAAUGAAGUCCACUCAAAUUCUAGCAAUGCGUCAGAACAGGAAUCUGAUGACAAUAGUCAAACCGCAAAGGAAAUGCGCAAACGUACAGUCGAUCAUUCAGAUGCGCUUGGCACAUAUGUUACAAGUUUCCAUCGGCAACUUUCGGAAAAUAAACGUCAAAAGUUAGAAUCGGAAAUCCAAAAGACUAUGGCAAAAAUGUCCGAAGAAUCCAACGAGUAACUAUCCAGCUGGCAGCUGAUCAAAAAACCAAUAUGAUUUGGUUAUUCACUUCAUUUGCAAAUACUCAUGCAACAUACCAUUUAUGAAAG